AUGUUGAUAGUACUUUUUAUCUCCUAUUUUCAAAACUGGUCAGCCCAACAUCACCUGGGUAUAAUAUGCUGUUUCAUUCUGUCUUCCCCAUGUUACUGUUAGCAGUCCCUGAGCAGCAGAGAGACCAGCUUUCUCAUCAGUGAAGAACCAUCUGCAAAGCGAUUCAAUUUGUUCCUGAGACGACGUCUUAUGUUUAAAAAAGAUGAACAAAGCAAAGAUUCUAUCUUCUUCCGAGAUGGGAUUAGGCAAAUUGAUUUUGUGCUCUCCUAUGUUGAUGACAUAAAGAAAGAAGCGGAAUUAAAGGCGGAAAGGAGAAAAGAAUUUGAACAAAAUCUCAGAAAAACAGGUCUUGAGUUGGAAGUUGAAGACAAAAGGAACUCUGAAGAUGGAAGGACUUACUUUGUCAAGAUCCAUGCCCCUUGGGAGGUACUAGUUACUUACGCUGAAGUGUUGGGAAUCAAAAUGCCUAUUAAGGAGAGUGAUAUUCCUCCAGCUGAGAAUAUCCCCUAUAUGCUUGGGCCUCUGAAGCUCCCAAAGAAUGUGAGGCACCCUCAUCCUGAAUAUUUCACUGCCCAAUUCACCAGACAUCGGCAGGAACUCUUCCUCAUUGAAGACGAGUCAAGCUUCUUUCCAUCCUCAUCAAGAAACAGAAUUGUUUAUUAUAUUCUCUCACGGUGUCCUUUUGGCAUAGAAGAUGGGAAGAAAAAGUUUGGAAUUGAAAGACUGCUAACUUCUAAUACUUACUCAUCUGCCUAUCCACUCCAUGAUGGUCAGUAUUGGAAGCCUUCAGAACCUCCCAAUCCUGUCAACGAGAGGUACAUACUUUGCCAGAAUUGGGCCCGGUUUUCCUAUUUUUACAAGGAGCAGCCUUUAGAUUUGGUUAGGAAUUAUUUUGGAGAAAAAAUUGCCAUGUAUUUUGUCUUUCUUGGAUUUUACACUGAAAUGCUGUCCUUUGCAGCUAUAGUUGGCUUAGCUUGUUUCAUUUACGGCUUAUUAUCAAUGGAUGGUAACUCAAGCAGCACUGAGAUCUGUGACCCUACAAUUGGAGGUCAAAUUAUCAUGUGUCCACUCUGUGAUCAAGUGUGUGAUUAUUGGAGACUAAAUACCACGUGUUUGGCUUCAAAGAUCUCCCAUUUAUUUGAUAACGAGUCAACAGUGUUCUUUGCAAUAUUCAUGGGAAUUUGGGUCACAUUGUUUUUGGAGUUUUGGAAACAGCGACAGGCCAGAAUGGAAUAUGAGUGGGACCUGGUGGAUUUCGAAGAGGAGCAACAACAGCUCCAGCUGAGACCGGAAUUUGAAGCAAUGUGUAAACACAGGAAGAUGAAUGCAGUGACUAAGGAGAUGGAACCUUACAUGCCUCUAUGUAGUCGUCUUCCAUGGUACUUUUUGUCAGGAGCUACGGUGACAUUAUGGAUGGCCCUUGUCAUCGCGUGUAUGGUAGCUGUGAUUGUGUACCGCCUGUCAGUGUUUGCUACCUUUGCUAGCUUCAUGGAAAGUGAAGCAUCCUUCAAGCAUGUCAAAAGUUUCCUCACUCCCCAGAUAACCACGUCACUCAGUGGAUCCUGCUUGAACUUUAUCGUCAUCUUGAUCUUGAAUUUCUUUUAUGAAAAGAUAUCUGCAUGGAUUACAAAAAUGGAAAUUCCUCGAACUUACCAGGAAUAUGAGAGCAGUCUUACCUUGAAAAUGUUCCUGUUUCAGUUUGUGAAUUUUUACUCGUCCUGCUUCUAUGUAGCUUUCUUUAAAGGGAAGUUCGUGGGCUAUCCCGGAAAAUACACAUAUUUGUUUAAUGUAUGGAGAAGUGAAGAGUGUGAUCCUGGAGGCUGUCUGAUAGAAUUGACAACCCAGUUGACCAUCAUAAUGACUGGGAAACAGAUCUUCGGAAAUGUCAAAGAAGCCAUUUAUCCUAUGGUUCUGAAUUGGUGGAGACGUCGGAAAGCUCGGACCAACUCUGAAAAGCUAUACAGUCGAUGGGAGCAGGAUCAUGACCUUGAAACUUUUGGAUCUCUUGGGCUAUUCUAUGAGUAUUUAGAAACAGUUAUCCAGUUUGGAUUUGUUACAUUAUUUGUGGCCUCUUUUCCUUUGGCUCCUCUUCUUGCUCUCUUGAAUAAUAUUAUAGAGAUCCGAGUGGACGCCUGGAAACUUACGACUCAGUACAGGAGACCCGUUGCUGCUAAAGCUCACAGCAUAGGUGUUUGGCAAGACAUUCUUUAUGGAAUGGCUGUCCUUUCUGUUGCAACUAAUGCUUUUAUUGUUGCAUUUACAUCGGACAUCAUUCCCCGUUUAGUUUACUACUAUGCCUACUCAACGGAUGCCACUGAGCCCAUGAGAGGAUAUGUCAAUGACAGCCUGUCAACAUUCCUCAUAGCUGAUUUUCCAAACCACACUGCACCUUCGGAAAAACGAGACUUCAUCACUUGCAGGUAUAGAGAUUACAGAUAUCCUCCUGAUCAUGAUCAGAAAUAUUUUCAUAAUAUGCAGUACUGGCAUGUCCUCGCUGCCAAGAUGACCUUCAUCAUCGUUAUGGAACAUGUUGUGUUUUUAGUUAAAUUUUUGUUGGCCUGGAUGAUCCCUGAUGUUCCAAAAGAUGUUCUGGACAGAAUCAAGCGAGAAAAGUUAAUGACUAUCAAGAUUCUCCAUGACUUUGAGCUUAACAAAUUAAAAGAGAACUUGAGAAUUAAUUCUAGCGAACUUGCCAAACAAGUCUUGAUUCAGGAAAACAAAGCACAACUGGCUAAAUCAGCAGUCUAAUCAACAUAAUGAGCAAGCAACUGGUUGCCUGUCUGGCUUCACGAUUUUCCCUGGGUUUUGGGCUAGAGGCCAGAAGGCAUGUGUCAAUUUCACCCCACCUCCUCUUCCUUCUUUUUUAAUUCAGAGUUUUUGUACACUUCUACAGAGGCCACCUUUGUGAGAUUGGAAGAAUACCACUUGUCUACUUCAUUGGCUGAGCUCUCCCAGAUACUGUUUUCUGGAGUUCUAGAAAUGAUUGUUAAAAGGGCAUGUUGAAUCAGGAUAUUGGAAAAUCAUGGAAUGUUGCAGUUUAGAAUUAAAGGCUGGACCUGGGCUGCCCCAUCACGUUCCAGUGCAUCUGCACAUUUUCAUGGUCUUCUAUUGGGUUGUUUUAUAACUCCUUCCCAUCAAGAAAAAUGUUGGGACAAAAAGAAAGGAAGUGAAGAGGCCCCCUGAGCCAUGUAUAUCCUGCCAUCGCAGACUAUGUGAAUGAAAAACCAAAAUCAGAUGACUUAAGAAAACUCACAUAUUAAAAAUGUUGGGUAGAUAUCAUGGCAUGGGUUUGUUCCUGAAAUCAUCCUAAGUUAAGUUAAACUUCCAUCAGAAUCCCAGAUUCCCCCUCCAGGUCAAUGCACAAUUGAUUUUUCAAGAGACUGAACAUUUGGGUUUCAACAAAAGACUUAACAACUCUGUUCUUUAAAGACAACAUUUUGGUAACAGUAGUUUCAAGGCUGAAUUGUCUUAUCUGGAAAACAGCAUUAAGAAGUUGUUAGGUUGCUUCAGUUCUUCAAGUAAAUGAAAGCUAUUAUAGAGAAGUAAAUGUGUCUUCUUAGUAGUUAACGAACGCAAGACAAUGAAUAUUGGUUAAUUUAUUGACCUUAAUCUGAAAAAAAUCGUUGAAUUAUUUUUAAAAAUCAUUUUUCUUCUACAAUGCGUAUUUUGCAUCAUGAAGCCUGUUUGAGUAUUAGCUCUUUGUAUAAGUUAGGUACAAGUUGUUUAUGAAAUUUGAUCUCUUUGUUUAAAGCAAUCUUGAAUCUUUUAAUGAGUUUACACUGUUUUCUAUUGAUGCAUCAUUUCAUACAAGCUCAGUGCCUUUUCCCUAUGCCUUUGACACACAAGAAGUGGUUGUGCUGUUCAUCUGACGUGAUGUGGCAUCUCAAAUCUUAGCUUGUUUUAGAGAAAUUGUCAAUUUAACAUCAGUCACAGAGUUUAACACCAAAAGUAGAUCAACCAAGUAAGAAGGGGGUGAUGGAUUUGAUAGCUAAGUGGAAAAAAAUUAAUUGCAUUAUUUCUCUCAUACUUAGGCCCAUGGCACAUGUACAUCAGUUCUUCUUUCUCAUAAAAAAAAGUAUAUAUUUUUAACACUAUAAAGUGAGAGAUACUGUUCAGAUAUAGUACUUGCAUCUCUAGCUUCAAAUUACACUUCAGUUCCAAAAGAAUAGUGUUUUUUUAAUUGCAUACCAAAGAAGAAACUUUAUCACAAGAUAUUUUUUAAAGCAGUUUCAUUAUUUGAUACUAAUACAUUUUUGUAGAAUUGCCAAUAUUAAGUAUAUGGCAGGUAGUAUUAAAUAAUGAUCAAUAUUAAGCAUGUAGAAAUGAGGAUUAUGAAUUUUACAAAACCAUGAGACAGUUACCCCAAUAUUGGCAGUAAUGACUUGUCAUCCACUGGGUAGAUUUUAUAAAAAACAUUUUUGUGUAAUUUAAAAUGAUCUCAUUAAAGAAUGAUUUCAUAGGAGGAGGAGACUUAUUUCUUGCUUGAGAACACCAGUCAGGGUUACUAU